AUGACAAGAACUGAUACGAUGGUAACCUUGAGUGAGAACAUGACCUUCACACACACCGAGAUUGUGGAUUAUUACCAUGGUAAAAGUUACAAAAUAGAUCUCGGACGAUGUUCUGUAGAGCAACUGACGGUACCAAUACAAGAUCAAUGUAUACCAAAAGAUGCACAACUAACUGCACAACGAUCAAUUGGCCCCCCGGAUAACAAUUUAGAAGUGCAGAUAUGGAAAUAUGUAAUACCAAGUACCAACGUGACAGUUGUACGCUCUGUCACUACACCAGAUUGUUGGCCGGUUUCUCAGAUUGAGUAUGGAGCAUUUGAAGGAGGAGAUAUUGUAUCCAACUAA